UCCUUCAUGAGGUUCCAUCCUUGAUUUGUUCUUUGCUUUCUUCAAACUCCUCAUUGAAAAUCACACCUCAAUAUUCCCCAGUUUCGCGAACAAGCAAAUCAACAGACAUGCCCGCUACGGAGUUCGCUAACCUUCCGCUUAGCGGGGACUCCCUUACUAUGGAGAAACCGAUCCUUCUCCGUGCCCUCCAAACUGCGAGGGAAGUUUUGGAGAAAGCAUCCAAGCACAAAUGGAAUUCCCCCGAGGCACACUACGCGUUCUUACCUUCGGCGGAGAACCAGCAAUUGCUGAAACUCUUCAAGGAAGAUGUGUACAUUGAAGAAAAGGAAGGCAAGAAGAUCUGCAUUCGACGUCUUGUACCGAAGGAGAAGAAGGCUGGAUUCAUCGAGGAAUUCAACGAAGUCAGGGGACUGUUGGAGGAUUUUACGAAGCCGUAUGGUGUCGUGGGAGGUUGGAGGAUUGAGAAGGAAGAUGAGGAGAGAGAGGAGUGGGUGCUAUUUUCCGGUUUUGAGAGUGUGGAGAAUCAUACGGAGUUUGCAAAGACGGAGGGAAUUGUGAAGUAUAGGGAGAUUGUGGGGUUCGCAAGUGGAUUUGAGGUUAAGCAUCCGAGGGCUGCCGAGGGGUUGUAA